GCUACUAUAAAGCCCUCACUCUAGCCUCACUCAUAGAUGAGCUGCCAGUCCCGUUUGGUUUGUUCACAUUUGUGUAUUUACUGUAUAUCUACUCUGCUUUAUUUACGGACCAAACGGUUCUGGACGGCGGAUCACUGACCAAGCCAUCUAGUCCGGAAUGUCACCCGCGGCUAGACUCAGAAAUGGUUUCGAUGUGGAGGAGGAAGCAUUUUAUCCCGCUAAAGGUGACAGAAAGACUCGAAAACCAAUAGUGGAGAAAAAGAGGCGAGCGCGCAUUAAUGAAAGUCUGCAGGAUCUCAGGACACUACUUACAGAUAACGAUUUGCAGACAAAAAUGGAGAAUGCAGAGGUGCUUGAACUAACAGUAAAACGAGUUGAGAACAUCCUACAGAACCGUUCUAAGGAAGCUGAAGCUGUAAAUCAAGAGGCCAGUGAGAGAUUCGCAGCAGGUUAUAUCCAGUGCAUGCAUGAGGUGCACACCUUUGUGUCCACAUGCCCAGGUAUCGACACCACAGUGGCUGCAGAGUUGCUCAACCAUCUGCUAGAGUGCAUGCCAUUAAAUGAGGAUCAUCUUCAGGAGAUGAUCAUAGAGCUCAUAUCAGAGCCUUCCUCCUCUAGUCGAUCAUGGCCAGCUGGAGAGGUGCUAAGUCCAGGAGGCCACAGUGUGUCCGACCUAUUCUCAGCACUGUCCCCGUCCCCAUCCCCAUCCAAUCCUUCUAGUGAGGACCUCUGCUCUGACCCAGAGGAGACAGAGAUCGAAGCAAGUCCUGCAUCAGCUGAGGACAGCCUGAACUCCUCCAUCACCACACACUCUAAGUUUAUGUGGCGGCCAUGGUAGAAGUUUCUUCAAAGACCAUGCAUCUUUAUUCAUAUUUCGGUUAAUCCUGUAUUGGAGCAUGAUGGAAUUAUUUUCUCAUCUGAUUUUCUUGAGAAAAUGGCUGGAGAUUUAGGAUUUUAUAAGCACAGGGUGAUAUAGUGGGAUAAGACAUCAUCUUAAAGAAAACUAUGGAAUUCACAGUGACUUUAACAUACCCCUGGAUAUUUUUUUCUUCUGAAACAUGAUGCCUCGAAGCAUAAAAUCUUAUUUAGAAAUGAAUUUCAGAUUGAACCGUCUUAAAAAGUGAACUGUAGUGGUGUAUACUAGAGAAUGAGAAAUUGUUUUUAGUGGGCCAAAAGAUUUGUUUUGUGUCUUUUGUAGAGUUAAACAUAUAGAAAGUCUCACUGAGAGACUGUCACAUAGAUAAAGUCCAUGGCCAUGUGUAGUAGCCAUUAAAAAGUAUGUUUUUAUCGUUUAUUUACUUUAGGGACUAUAAAUUUAUAUACAUAUAAAUAAUGCAAGUGUAACAUCAUUUAGUGUCAGUUCAUGGUUUAUAAUUCAUAGUUGUGCAGUAUUGCAGUGCCCAGUUCAAUUUGUUUAAUGCUUUGUUUGUUUGUUAAUCUGUAAAUUUAUUUAAUUUGGACAUUAAAAGCUUUCAUGUCUAUUUGUCAAUGGGAUAGGUGUGGACACACAGUAAUUAACAGAUUUGAAAAUCUAAAAUUUGUAAUGAAAAGUUUGUCUAUCUGAAGAUUGUCUGAAGAAACAGAAUCAUUUAUGGUGAUAAAGUCGAGGAUGCUGAAGGAAGGAAAGCAUAUAUAUACAUUGUAUACAUUGUGGUUUGUAGUUACAUAUUAAAUAAUUACAGCUAUAUGGUUCAUAAUAUA